AUGGUCGAAAAUGGAUGCAGCCUAUUAAUAAAGAAUUUAAGCUUCCACACAAGUCCAGAAAAAAUAAGAAAAAUUUUCCAAAGUUUUGGAAAAAUAAGAGAUGUAUAUCUCCCCUUAGAUCACUACACAAGGAGACCGAGAGGCUUCGGUUUUGUAGAGUAUUAUGAACCAGAGUAUGCAAAAGAAGCUAUGAGCAUUUUGAACCAUUCGAAGAUAGAUGGAAAGGAAAUUAAAAUCAUCAUUGCUCAGAACAGGAGGAAAUCCCCAGAGACCAUGAAGAUAUACCAACAGAAUGCACGUGGGGGUAGGUACAGAAGGCAUCCUUAUCGGAGUGACAGUAGGGAUAGAUCAAGUGAAUUGGAGAGACGGAAAUAUGAUCGAAGUAAGAGUCGUAUAAUGCAUAAAAUGGGCAAAAAGGAAAAAAGGCUGAAGAGGGAAAAAAUGGCUAGCAGAUAUCGGCCUGGUAAAAAAUACGCCGAGAGCGUUUCCACCUACAGCGCGUCUUCUUCCUACCGUUCGUCUUACAGCAGGGGGAGUAGUCGUUGGAGCAGCCUAAGCCGAGGCAGAAGUCGAGGCAGCAGCAAAGACAGAAGCCGAGGCAGAAGACGAUAUAGAAGUCGGAGCCGAGACAGAAGUCGGAGCCGAGACAGAAGCCGAAGUCGAGACAGAAGUCGAAGCCGAAGACGAAGCCGAAGCGCUGUAAGGAGUGCCAGCAGAACCACCAGCUACAGCUACAGCUGCAGCUACAGCUGCAGCUACAGCAGCUACGAAAGAGACAAAGGGAGAAGAAAAACCAAAAGGAAAAACCCCAAACGGGGACAAAGAAAAGGCCAAAAGGACGGAACCAACAAAGGCGUGAAGAGGGAGAGCAGCGAGACAUUCAGCCGAAGCGUCAGUCUCAGAAAGAGCGAGGGGGAAAACAGAGACGGCGACCACGUAAAGGACCCUCACAAAGGUAUCGAAAGAGGGAAAAGCGGAAAGGACCCGGGGAAGGAAUCCCCAAAAGAAAUUCGAGGACAAAUCUGUAAAAGCUUUUCUCCCAGCAGAAAGAGCCAGGAAGGAAAUAAAGACUCGGAGAACGGUGCGUCCAAGGGAGGAAGCUACUCCACCGAGGAGGAAAAGCAACCUGGGGAACAGACCCAGCACGACGGAGAGUCACUCAAACGUGGCGAGAGAGUAGAGACAAUCAAAACGAUGAAAAAAACAAAGUCAGGAAAUAAUUCCAGUAAAGAUACAACUCCCCCCAGGGACCCAAACGGAAAAAGCAACUCAAAUAGAAAAAAAAAAAAAGGAACGAAAAAGAAAGGAACGAAAGAGAAAGGAACGGAAAAGAAAGGAACGAAAGAGAAAGGAACGGAAAAGAAAGGAACGAAAAAGAAAGCUAAGUCUUUAAGUCCUAGUAGCUCCGGUGAUGUAAUCUGUGAAGGGGUGGCUCAAGAAGAAGCAAGUGGUGAAACGUAUGCAGAAAGAGAGUCACCACGUGCAAAGAGGGCACACCGAAAAGGCAGCAAUAACGAUGGCAGUAGCAACCGCGGCAGUAGUAACCACGGCAGUAGUAACCGCGACAGUAGUAACCACGGCAGUAGUAACCACGGCAGUGGUAGUAAUAAAGAGAGUGACCAUUCGCAAGGCACGGAAGAGGAAAGCCCCUCCUCCCCCCGCGUGACAAAAAAAAAACGCAUAUGCCUCUCCACCAUUGCAAGUAACAGAAGCAGCACACAGAAGGACCAUCUCCAAAGUGGCGAAACAGAAAAUGGUAACACAGUGGACACAAAAGACAAACCCAGCAGUAGUGCCAUCGAGAAGGAGAGUCAGGUCCACCAAAAGGAGGACUUGAAAUUGGGUUACUUCAGCCGAUAUGAAAAUGCAAGUGGGGGGGAUAACUUCGACUCUGGGGAAGACUGCAUUGGCGGUAAUGCCAACUCGUCCUGCAGGAAUAGCAGGAAUAGCAGGAAUAGCGGCACCUACAGAGGAUGCAGAGGAUGCAAAGGUUGCAAAGAAUGCAACGGGUGCAGAAAAAAACACAAGCAUAUAUACCUACACGAAGGGAAGAGGAAAAAAAGAAUUAAUGAGAGCCACUCAACUGAUAGGUCAACCACGGGGGACAAGAAAAGCGUUCGUAGUAGAUCAAAGGAGGGAAAAAGAGAGAAAACCGAGAAUGCACACAGAAGGAUGAUGCAGAAUGGACGAAGAAACAGAGGCAGAAUAACCCUAAGCAUAAGUGACAGUACAGGUGGAUCCAGCGGGGGGAAAAAACUCAGGGAAAGGGAAACCACCGCUGGAGUGACAGACCCAGCAGCGACCGGUGGGGAUGCAACCGCGGGACGGAGCGGAGAUUGUGAGGCUGAAUCACUUGGACGGGCAAAAAUCACCGUGGGGAAAUGUAACACCCCCUGCAGCAGUAGCGGUAGCCCGGUUGGAGGGGAGAAGGAGAAGAAGAAGAAGAACAGGGGCAACACGCACUGUGAGAGUGGAGCAGCACACAGAAGUAGAAGUAUCUGUAAUGAUGUGAGCGAACGGUCAGAUGGGAAAAAGGGCGUUUCGAAGAGGAAAAGGAGCAGCAGCGGUAGCGGCAGUGAUGGCAGAAGCGAUGGCAGAAGCGAUGGCAGAAGCGAUGACGGAAGCGAUGACCGAAGCGAUGACCGAAGCGAUGACAGAAGCAGUGACGAACGUAAUGGCCGAGGCACACGGCGGUUAAAACGGGCGCGCAUGUCCGAAGACGCAGAGGAGACGCCCCGCGAGAAGCGCAGCCGCCAGGGGAAGAAGACCCGAACGGGUAGCAACUCGAUUGAUAAAAGGAGAGAGACCAAAAGGGAGAAGCGGAACAGGGAGGAGCUACAAAAGGGGGACGUGAAAAAAAAGGCCAAGAGAACCAAGUCCAAAAAGGAGGAGUCCAAAAAGGAGAAGUCCAAAAAGGAGAAGUCCACGAAAGGGAAGUCCAAAAAGGAGAAGUCCAAGAUAACGAAAUUCAGAAAAACCAAGUCGCCAAAAAAAUCGGAUGACAGCUCGACGUACAGCCACAGCAGCAGAAGUAGGUCCUCUUCCGAAUCGUCCGUCGAGAGCAGUAGUUCUCACAGCGAGUCGUCUAAGAUGGAAAGACGUAUGAAGCAGUUUUCUGCGAAAGGUCCCAAGGGGAAGGCACACAAACGGGACGUGCGAAGGCGGAGGGAAAAGGGGAUAGACAGCGAUGCGUCUGAUGGUAGCUCCUCCUCCGUCAGCUGUGGGGACUCUCCAGUGGUUCGAAGCAAGCGUUAA